AGCGCUUGUCUCUUGACUUCAUUUGCACUACAACUCCUUAUUAAUGGUUUGCAAGUGUUUGCAGUUUUAUUAUUGGCCGUUUUAUUUGUUGUUUUAGUCAUGUACAUGGGGAGUCAUUUUAAAGUGCCCCUUCAAAUACUUGCAAUCAGACCAAUUGUGCAUAUAGCUACCUCAGUGCAGGGUCAAAUCAGAUACUGGAUACACAGGCCCCUUAUAUUGACUAAAAUGACAAAAACAAACCGGUGCCUGAAAGAUUAAUGUGCGUUUUUAUUAAGAAGUGCAUAUCACACUCUACAAUCACCCAUAUCUGGCAGGGAUAAACGCAAGGUAACGCAGAACUUUUUACAAAGAAGACACGGAUGACGACCUGACCAAGGACAGAGCAGGCUCUGUGAGACUGCAGCACGGUGCGCAGUGACCGGUUGCAUCCACUGGGGGAGGACCGAGCACCGCCUGCAUGCGCUGCGGUACAUAGACGACUUUCUCACUAAGACUCUCCAUCAUCACAAACAAUAGGAGGGAUACAGGAGUAUAGGUAGGGCUACAGCGGCAGACAGACAGACAGACAGACAGAUGUGUGAUGCUCAGACUCAACAAUGGGGUCAUUUACCCUCGCCUGUGCCAAUGUAAACUUUUACCUACCAUCUUUUCUUUGCGCCUAGGUCGAGUGGAACUGUCUUUGAUGCCAACUCGCUGCUGGCACACCUGGUUUUGCCUUCUCUUUUUUCUUGUCAUGAUUGUUACCAGGAGCGAUGCAGCACAAGCGGGGGGCUGAAGUGCCAGUAGAUCCUGUUGAAUUGAAACAAGGCGUCGAGACGCAGCCAAAAAAAGUGUCCUCCUCAGAGUGCGUCAGAGCACGGGUGUAUAUGCUGGAUGUAGAUGGGGACAUGGUCGCCCGCUGGAUCCGACCAGGGAUUUGUGACAUUACACCCCAAAAUCAAGACGCGGAUUUGAGCACAGGCGGAGAGCUGCAUCCUCACCCAGCAUUCCUCCUUCUCCUCUUCCAUCAGAUUUGUUUGUAGAGGGGGACAGAGGCGAUUUAUUUUGGCCCCUUUUCAAAUCUGCUGAGCGCAUCGGGGGAACAAAGUCAUUCAGAUUCACCGGAGCUCCAAAAUAUAAGAGCGAAGAUCUAUUCAAAAAUCUCAUCUCAUAAAAUGGCAACCACGGAGGCUCAAAAGACGCUUUUUGGAGCUAAGAAAUGAACCACCUGAUGGGCACCAGAGACACCGAGGAGACACUGUUUGGGUGUCGCAUGUUGAUUCGAUGAUUUAUCACGCUGAGCAUAAAAAGGGCGCUGCAAGUUUGACAGAGCGGCUGCGUAACAGCCUAUGCCACCGGCCCUGGUGUUUUUUGUUAUGGUAAUGAUGUCAUAAAAUAUACAUUGAGCGCAACAAGAUAUGCUCAUCAGUUGUUUUUUGGGAUUUCUUUUUUAUCCAGUCAGCAUGGACCUUACUGAUGUGUAUUUUUCAAUCUGACUUUCUAAACGGUUGAUGCCUCAUUCUCCGAGUGUCUGCGCGACAACGCUGCAACUUUUAUCCUCUGGUCUGCAUCCUCCUUGAGGAGGCUACUGUAGCCUUCACGGACCGAACCUCGGCUUUGAAAAAUGGAGUUUGCCAUGGUGGGCGCGGACGGCGGGUGCAACAGCCACCUGCCCUACGGAUAUGCCCAAGCCCGCGCACGGGAGAGGGAGCGCGAAAGGGAGCGCCAGGCUGCCCAGUCGAGAGCGGCGGCGGCUGCAGCAGUUGACGGUGACUCCGGUGCCGAGGGAGGCGCAGGGGGGCCCACCUCCGCCGCCUCCUCGGGCACUCAUCUCCUUAACAACCGCCAGCAUCAGUCUCGCGCCGCCACCUCCUCCUCCUCCUCCGCCAACAUCAGCAGCGGCGGCGCCGCCUCGCGCCCCUCCUCCUCCUCCUCCACCUCCUCCACCUCCUCGCAGCAGGAGCCCGAGCAGCAGCAGCAGCAGCAGCAGCAGCAGAGAGUUCUCAGAGAGCGGAAAAAGCAGCGCGGCGUCGGUCGGCGGUGGCGCAACCGGAGCACUCUCGGAGGGGACCUGCGCCACUCGGAGCUGGCGCUGCUCGGAUCCGAGGAGGACAUCAUGAUAGAGGAGGAAGAGGCCGAGGGAGCGGAAGAAGAGGAGGAGGAGGAGGAGGUGGCGGAGGGGGGAGAGGCGGCGGAAGGCGGACGGGGGAGCAAGAGGUCGAGCUUUCUGUGCAACAUGGAUGAUGAGGAGGAGACCGUGUCUAUUACCGACCGGCGGCCCCAGUCCGGCUACGAGAACGUCUACAGCGAGUGCGGCUGCUGCGAGAGGGUCGUCAUCAACGUGUCCGGCCUGAAGUUUGAAACCCAGCUCAAGACUCUCACUCAGUUCCCGGACACCCUCCUGGGAGACCCCGACAAGCGAAUCAGGUACUUCGACCCCCUGAGGAACGAGUACUUCUUCGACAGGAACCGGCCGAGCUUCGACGCCAUCCUGUACUACUACCAGUCAGGUGGCCGGUUAAAAAGACCUGUCAACGUCCCGUUUGACAUCUUCUCCGAGGAGGUGAAGUUUUAUGAACUUGGCGAGGAGGCGAUUCUGAAGUUUCGGGAGGAUGAGGGAUUUGUGAAAGAGGAGGAGAAGCCCCUGCCGGAGGACGAGUUCAAGCGCCAGAUCUGGCUGCUCUUCGAGUACCCGGAGAGCUCCAGCCCCGCCAGGGGGAUCGCGGUGGUGUCCGUCCUGGUUAUUGUCAUUUCUAUUGUCAUUUUCUGCCUGGAGACGUUGCCCGAGUUCAGGGAUGAAAAAGAGUAUCUGCAGCCACGACAGAACUCCUCUGAGCCCGACCACGGAUUUACACCUUUCAACGACCCGUUUUUCAUCGUGGAGACGGUCUGCAUCAUCUGGUUCUCCUUCGAGAUUAUAGUCCGCUUCUUCGCGAGUCCCAGCAAAACCGCUUUCUUUAAAAACAUCAUGAACUCCAUAGACAUAGUGUCCAUUUUGCCUUACUUCAUAACCCUCGGCACAGACCUGGCGCAGCACCAGGGCAACGGGCAGCAGGCGAUGAGUUUCGCAAUCCUGAGAAUAAUCCGCCUGGUCAGGGUGUUCCGCAUCUUCAAGCUGUCCAGGCACUCCAAGGGGCUGCAGAUCCUGGGGCAUACCCUGCGCGCCAGCAUGCGGGAGCUGGCGCUCCUCAUCUUCUUCCUGGUCAUAGGCGUCAUCCUGUUCUCCAGCGCGGUGUACUUCGCCGAGGCGGACGAGCCCACCUCGCAGUUCACGAGCAUUCCCGACGCUUUCUGGUGGGCCGUGGUUACCAUGACCACGGUGGGCUACGGCGACAUGAAGCCAAUCACUGUCGGUGGGAAGAUAGUGGGCUCCCUCUGCGCGAUCGCGGGCGUGCUGACCAUCGCGCUCCCAGUGCCCGUCAUAGUUUCCAACUUUAACUACUUUUACCACCGGGAGACGGACAACGAGGACCAGUCGCCUGUGGUUGAGAGCAUGCCGCCAAGCUGCCCGUAUUUCCCAGACUUUCUUAGGAAGUUCAAAGGCUCACCAUCUGGCUCCUCGCUGGGUGACAAAGGGGAGUACAUGGAGAUGGAGGAGGGGGUGACGGAGUCGCUGUGCGGGUUGGACAAGAGCCCCAGUAAAGGAAAUGGCACAGACAUAAGCAGAAAAAACAGUACUAUCUCGAAAUCAAUUCAGACUGACGUGUGACUAAAAUUUUUAUUUUAUUGUUGUUUUUUUUAAUAGAUAAACAUCCGAUUAAAGAGACACUUUCUGUCCAACAGCAGCUGAAUCCAACCCCUCCCCCCCCCAGCCCCAUAUGUUUCACGCACGCCUCAGAGCCCUCUCUCUCUCACACACACACACACACACACACACACACACAUUCACACUCAUAGGGCAUCAGUUGGCACCUUAAGAGCAUCCAUGCCCAAACAUUUGCCUGAUAGACAAAGAUAUAUCCGUUUAUCCAGUGUGGGCUUCCAAAUCUGAUAUGGAAUCUGAAUUAGACAACAGGCUAUGCAUUCGCACUUUAUGACUUUCAUCUGUCACAUCAUAGGGGUAGGGACAGUCGUUUUUGCUGUUAUGCAAUAAAGUUUAAAUUUGUUUGCACUAUAACGUAGAAUUUGUGCUGGGUUAGAGACAGUAACUGUAGGCCAUACAUGUGGCAACACUAGUUCACCUGGAUACAGAAUGUAUGAGUUGAGAAGAUGGGAAACUACUUCACACAGACUACCAGAAAGAAAGAAAAACUGAGCUCCAAUAUAUAAAAAGCCUAAGAAAGAAGACUUUUAUCACUGUUCAUUUAAAAUACUCAGACAAAAAUGAUCUACACAUUGAUGAGAUAUGUCAUAAAGCAGGCAUUAAAUGAACCAGGGCUAUAAUUAAAUAAGCUUUUACAUAAGAGGCCAAAAAUGAAAAUAAGACCCAUCAUGAGAGCUAAGCACAGGAGUCAUCAUUGUUUUAGAUAGCUGGAGAAGUCACUCAGCCCAGGUUUUCUAGAGACCCUCCUAAAGCAGCGGCUGCAACAAUUUUUCAUUAAAAGCACCUCAAAAUGACAAUAUCCCUUUACAACGAUGAAGAUGGAAAGUUACAGCAUAAAAGACUAUGAUGUGGGGACUCUUUAAAAGGAGAGAAUAUGAGCAAUUUUCCCUCCUUUCUGCUGGACCCAGUGCACAAAAAUAUAUACCUAUAUUUUUUUGCUCAAGAGGACUUUGAUUAUCUCAGAGCACAUAAGAUAACCGGGAUGUGGAAGUCUUCCAAGCGCUGCCAACUACAGAGAAAGGGAAUAUCCCCACGUCUCUGGAGAGUGCAGACAACAAGCAAAACAUUGUGACCAGACAACUUUAAGCACUAGCGGACACUGAAAAAAGCAACAACCAGACGGGACAUUGAACAAAUUCUGAGAAGCAGAGACGAAAGCUGCUGUAAUAUGUCAGUAAACAAACCCUCAAAGAGUUGAGACUGGACUUAAAAGAGAGUAAGUUGUGACCCGAAAUGAUUGCCUUAAUUACACAUAUAUAAAUGUAUGGAGUGAUGAUACUAAGAGACUUAUAGAAGUUUAAAGAUGUUUUCUUUUCAUGUGAAAAAGUGUCUUGUAAGGAACAGAUGUGAAUAUUUUAUUAUGAUAGAGAUGUUUGGUUGUAAUGUCGACAUUAUGUUUUAGCUGGGUCGGCGUUGUAGGCAUCAUUGGUUCUUAAAUGGUAUUGGCUCUCUGCUUUUAUGCAGCCAGCACUGCAAACUUCUUUUUCUUGUUUCAUAUUGUCAACACAACAAGGCUGGCCUGAGUUGCUGGCAACAAAAAUCUUGAUUUAUAUUCAUAACAAUAAAAUAUUCUCAUUUAGAAGAUGUAUAAAGUUAUGGGAGAGAACGCAGCACACUGAAACACACCGGAAGAGUAUUUUCUUUCAUCAAGAUCCACUUACACUAAAGCAAAGAUGUCAGUCACAUAAACACCUGUCAUAAAUAUCUGCCACAUUCACUUUCUAUCACGGUGAUACAGCAGAUGAAACUCUGCGAGCUCUCACCUUCCGGUCUAUUAACAAGAUAUAGUACCUAACUUUUUAUUUUAUUUAUUUUCUCAGAUGCAAAUUUGAAGCUGACCAGCUGCUUUACUGAUAUGUUUCACUCUGAAUUUACUGUAUGCAAAAGUAACAUGAACAUGUGUUAUAUAUUUUUUUAAACCUAGCCUUGAUAAUUACAUAACCAAAGGUGAACCCUGAAUUUAUUGUACGUUGUGGACUUCUGAAAAACGUUGUGAUAUAGAUGCACUCCGAAUAGGAGGGGGAUAAAAAAGAAAUGUACCGGUAAAUAUCAGACGUUUCUACAUGUGUGUCCGAAGAUGUGAUGCAGGUGGAGUACUUUUUUUUUUUACUUUCUUUGACUGUUAUGACCAUCAACCACAAGAAUCUAUGUUUGGUUUGUUGAAAACAUGAUACAAUCACAUUCCUCAUGUUGUUACUGAUGCUGCUCAGACAUUCUUCAUUGCUGUUAAUUUUUUUAUUCUUUUGCAUUUUCUUUUUAUUUUAUUUUGCAUAGUAGAUCAUGAGUUUGUUGGUCUCUGUGUAGUUUUGUCUGAAAACCAUUGAACUUAGUUAUGUCUCUUAGACAUGCAAUGUUGCCUGUGAAUAAAAUGAUUAGAAGAGUCUGCUGCCCUGCCAGCAGUAGUAAGUAACAGGUCAUAUUUUUAUGAAGACAGUGUUUUAUUUCCCUAUAUUUUCCUAUUCCAUGCAGUGUUAGCUACUAUGGCUCCUAAAAGCUUGAAUUUAGACUUCUUAAAUUUAGUGUUUUCUAAAAAAAAAAAAAAAAAAAUCCAAAGGUCACAUUGCUGCUCUUUCUGAAAAUUUGGAUUUUUACCUGCCUCUUAAAUUGCAUCACUCAGAAAAAAAAAAAAAAAAAACGUUUACUGAAUGUUUCCUUAGUGUCUGGAAGCUUGUAACCAAGAAUUUGUUUUAAAAUAAUUGUUAAGUAGUUUACAAAGGAAUCCCAUUUAACUGAGGAUGAGCCCAAGUAUUGGAUCUACGUCCCGAUUAAAGUAUUUUUAGAUGAUUAUUUUCAGACGAGUCUCUGGCUAAACUUAGCUUCUGAUCCCAGUUGUUGGUGUUCUGUCUGUCAUUUUGUCAACUUUGCCUAUAGUUAGCUAGAAACAGGCAACAAUGUAUUGAUCAUGCACAUUUUCUGGGAUUUGCCGAGUUGUUCAGAGAGGAAGAGAGACUACUAGGUCUGAUGCUAGUACCAGUUUAAACUAGCAAAGUACCACCAUCCCAGAGCCAAGUCAGAGCUAUGUCAAUAUGUCAUUACAAAUGUCUCAUCCAGUUAGUAUUUGAUCCUUACCCUGUUUUAGUCUGUUUUUUCUUAAGAAUCAUAGUGCACAAAUAAAAUUAUUUAUCCCAAUAUCUUUCAAAUAGAGACCCUAAUAUCAUUCCCUUAGCCAAUUACCAUCGUGUUCAACAGCCAGCAGUGCUUUACAAUCCUAUUUACCUGAUCUUCUAUCCACACCAGGAGGUAGAAAACAUUAAAAUACUCUUAAAGAAAGUUUUAUUGGCACUGUCUGGAGAAUAAAAGAUCAAAAGUGUAAAAGAAAUUCAGUCACAAAUAGCGGUAAUGGUUUCAGCCUGAAAUAGUCAGCUGUAAGCGCAGCUCUUUGCAGACCUACUUAAACAUUGUGAUGGGUAAUUUCAGUUAGAACAGUCAGAAAUAAGCCUAGUAGACUGUUUUAUUUUGAUGGUAAUCAAACAUUAUUUAAUUUUAAAGCACAGUGGUCUUACAGUUUGUUUAUUUUAAAUUGGACCGAGCAAAAUUAAACCCCUGAGUUGUAAUCUGGUGCUGAUUUUUUAUUGGCUGCUGUUUCUGAUGAGUCCAUCCCUAGUUUCUUGCAGUAGCUGUUAUUUUCUCUCUUUCAGCUGCAAACUGCUUUUUUCAGGGCCAGGGGUAGAGUUUGUCUCUUUGGAAACACAAAGAACUGAUGCUUACUAAGACCCUUGUACCAGUCUGGUGGAAAACGCCCCAUAGAGCACAGCUAAAAAAAAAAAAAAACACUGCUCUUUAAAUUUGACUAAAUUCAAAACAUUGAGUAUAUUAAACAGAACAACAACUCUCUCUGUAGUUUUUGUUUGCACACAGUCACCUGUAUGUUUGCUGAAAUGAACUGAACUAUCAAUAAGUCAGUUCAAAACACAGAAUCAUGCUAGAAUUAGCCUAACAGAGCAGCAAGAAACUAGAGGUGAGUUUUUUGAAGACAAAAGCUGCAUGUGGGCAGUCAGACAUACACAAAUAGUAAAGGUAAAUGAUUUUUUGGUGAUAUAGUAUGUCAUCAAAUUAUAGCUUUUUGGACCUAGUUAGCCCCCAUAUAGGAGCAAUGUGUUCAGACUUUCCUGCAGAAACUCUUGUUGGGAUAAAAUAUCUGUAACUGUAAUUUAAUCUGAAACAGCAGUAAACAAACCUAAAUGAUUCUAAGAUAAUGUGUGUAGGCUAAAGAUUAAGAAUGCUAAAGCUUUUUAAAACUUGAAACUUUGGGGUAAUUGUGUCCCCAAGUUUGCAUUAAAGAGAACAAUUUAAAUUUUUUUAUAGAAAAUGGAUUUUGCUCAGGCUAAUUCAGCAUGUGCUCACAUAUGAAAUGACUUGAAAGUUGAAAAGAUUUACCAUAAAACAGACGAAUUGGUUCAUUCGAAAUUUUUUGUCAUCUUCAGGUAAAUCAAACAAAGCUUUGUUGACCAAAAGUUUAACAAUAACUCUUAACAUAAAUGUAGUAUAUAGAAAAAUACUUUGGUAUAUGUUUCCCAUGGGAAUUCUCAGAACUCCAACUAAUAGUAGCAAAUAAGACGCAGUUUUUAGGGGACAGUGUGGCCAGUACUGUAUUCACCAUUCAAGAGUGUGGAGCACAAACAUAGCAAUACACAGAUAGCAACAUACUUACUUUAAUGCUACUGUGCACGGCAUUGAUUAGAUACACUUAAAUUAUUUAUUUAAGUAUCAGGCUGGGACUCUACAUGGGCAACUGCCUAAUGUUUAAAGACUUAUGGAACAAAGUCUGGAUCAGGACAUCCCUAGCUUUACCUAGUCGUCACCUAGGGGUGUGGGUUGAUUGAUUUGGUACAUUUCAGCAGACCUAGUCAAGCUGCUUCCUAAAUACUAUUCUUUGAGUCAAAAUACCUAUUACAAGGUCAACUCCAUCCUGUCUGCUAAACAUAUUAGAAUAUGAGUGAUCCAACAUAAAUAAACAAUGUCAUUUUCUUGAAUGACAACAUAACCAGGAUGUGAAAAUAUGUUCAGAUUUGAUUUACUUCAACUGAUCUUGUCAGAUUAUGUGCCUUAAACAUAAGCUGUUUGACACCUGUACUGGCUCCAUAAAUCCCAUCUGCUCCAGGGACAGGGCAUAACCUGAGGAUUUAAAUCUGAACGUUAGCUCACCGGGUGCUCAGAGACCUUAAACGGUGAUAUCAAACCAACACUAAACUGUGCCUGGAAGCUACCUACUUAAAACAUCUUAAGGUACAAAUGAUUUAGCUAUAGCUUGAUAUCUGCACAGGGGGAAAUCCACCCAAAGAGUAAGAUGCCCAGAGGUUAGGAGAUGCAACAAGAACAUGAACAGCCUGGGAAUUGAUCCUUCAGUCAACCGGAACAAACAGUCUGGAAAGCCUCUAACUGAUUUCCUUUAUCUCUGAAUUAAAACAAUUUAUCAGGCUGUGGGGCUGCAGCGAUGCUGAUGCAUACUUCUGCUUUAAUAGGCAGUGGAGUUGUAACAAAGAGACAGGUCAUGUAAAGUCAUGCAGAGGAGACAGAGCAUCACAAAGGCUGAUAUUUACAGACUUAGUGCUGCAGGAGGCAAAAGCAUAUGGAGCUAUAUUAAAUAAGAGAUAAUUGUCAAGGAUAUCUUAUGAGCUGAAAAUCAAUAUUUUGCCAGUACUGCUAAAUCAUUGGUGUAAUAAUUACUUAUAAUUGGUGUGAUUCAGCAAAGAAGCAAACAAGGUGUGGAGGUUGAGAGGUGAACAGGUUAAAUUUGAAGGACCAUUAGAUGAUGACUUAAUAAUAAAGUUAAUUAAGAAAAAAAAAGACAUCCUGAUGAGUGUUGAUCUACCAAUUAGGCUCAUGAAUAGAGAGAAAAGUGACAUUUUCAAUGUCUAGAAAUGCCUAAAUUUAAUUAACUACUUAGAAAAAUUUAACAAAGCAAUUCUGUCUCUUCCUUAAAUACAACCUACUUUCUCUUUGACCACAAAAUAUCUCUAAUAAUGUGAAACAGAUGCUCUGUGCCCAGAAAUAAAUUGUAAUACAAGCUUCUUAAAUGUAACUUUUGAUAUUGUCAUCGAAAAAAUUAUUUAUAGGAUCCUUCAGUGUUAUUUAAAUGUUAAAGGAAACAAUCCAAACUGUCAUUACGAUAAAAACAAAAAUCAAAAUUAGCCUAAAUGAUUAGAAACAUGGCAAAUCAUGUGGAAAAUGUAACUUUUUAACCAAAAUGUUAAACAUGUGCUUCAUAAUGUGAUCAGUUUAUGUGGCCAUUUACUAUUAGUGAGCUUUGGAGCAACAUAAAGAAUACAAAGUGGCUAAAUGUGAUAUAUUUUCUUCCUACACAGCCAGUCCUGUCCUGAAAGCUCUCAAACACCUUACUAUUGAUAUUCUCUACAUCUACAGAGCGAAAGUACAGAAUUAGUCUGAGGAUAAAAACUAAUGUAACAGCCUCAGAGAAAUGUUCUGUCUUAACCUCAGAAUGAAAUCACAUCUGUCUGAAAAGUCCUGCGGAAGUGCUAAACAAUGAUGCAGUUUGAAUUUGUAAUGGAGUGUUGGUUCGCAAUACUGUUUGAUAGGAAGCAUUUCAGAAUGUUUCCAUUUCAGUCCUGCAGAGCAGAGUCACUGCUGCAAACACUGUGAGGAGGCUGUCAGACAGAAAAAGGAAAUAUUUGUAAAAUGACUGGAUACAUGCAUUUAAUCUGAAAUAAUGUGAAAAAAUAAAUUAUUACUGUUUAACAGAAAAUAAAUUGAAUGAAAGGCCUAAUGUUAAAGCAUCAGUCACGUAGGAUAUUUUCUUCGGAAUGUGUUUGAAGUUGUAUGGAGUAAGAAGGUCACUUAUGCUGCAGAGUGCCACAUUUUUAUGAACUGAUUGAAACGGUGAAUGUUAGGUGUGGUUUAAAACAAAAAUGAAGCUACAAAAACAGAAGCAUAUCUUAUCACUCCACCUGUCCUCAGCCCGUGAGUCUAAAUAGCUUCAGUUCGUGCCCUAAAUGAAUGAAAUUGUGAAGUAAAUUAAUUACACUGACCUCCUUUUAUCAAGCUUUGAGAUUUCACUUUCAAAAUAAUAGUGAAUCCAAUGAGUUUCUCUUUGUGGAUGAGAAUAAAGCGACUAUCCAUUAUUAAUCCACCAGUCUAAGAAAAGGUAGAAAAAUCAACUGCUUGCUGACUGAGAAAAUUAUGUUUUUAUUUUCUCUCUAAACUGACUAAACUGAGCCUCUAAAUGUGGGUCAAAUAAGAGCAACUAGAAUACAAAUUUACAAACUUUAACUAAAAAAUGGACAGAGCCAUGAGUUUCAACACUAAUAAUCACACUAAAAACAAUACAUUUAGAAGGCAGUUUGGUCAAAUGUCUUUAUAAAGUAUUGUUACUCCUUUAACCUUUACUGUGUGUCACAUUAUAGUGUGUCACUAUAAACCUUUUAAUAUUUGUUUUUUAUUGUGACAGACCAACACAAAGCAGCACCAAAUCCUUGCUGAAAUGAACAAGUAACAUUGUUUCUAAACUUUUUACACAUAAAAAUCUUAAAAGUGUUUUGUACAUACAUAUUCACCCCCCUUCGGUCAUAACCCUGUAUAACCACCUUUUGCUGCAAUUGGAGCUGCAAGUAUUUAGGGGUAUGUGUGACAGUGUUGCACAUCUAGAGAGUUGGAUUUUGUCCAUUAUUCCCAGCCAAAUAGUUAAAAUUCUGUCAAAUUAGUCUGUGCACAUCCAUUUUCAAGUCUUUUCCUGAAUUAGAUUUAUAACUGGAAUUUGGUUGGGCCAUUGUAAUACAUGAAUAUGCCUUGACCUAAACUAGUGCAUUUGGCCUCUGGCUGAAUAUUUAGAGUUGUUGUCCUUUCGGCACCCAGUCUUCUGCAGCCUCUAACUGGUUUUCUUUUGGGAUUAUCCUGUAUGUUUCUUCUUUCAUCUUCCCAUCAACUCUGACUAGAAUCCCCACAGCAUGACACUGCCACCAUCAUUUUUCACUGUGGGAAACCAAGACAGAAACUCAUGGGAAAAUAGUUGCAGUUGGUUCUAAAUGCAUGCCAGUCUUUUCAGAUUUGAUAUGUAAAAAAAAUGGAAGACCAUGGAUCUGUUUCCUUCCACCUAAAAACAAAUAACUUUUUGUUGGUCUGACACAGGAAAUAUAUUAAAGUUUGAUGUUGCAAUGCGACAAACUGUGAAAACAUCAAGGAGUUUUAAUACUUUUAUAUUCACAAUACGUUUUGCAUUUAGUUUUUUUUCUUUAGCUGUGAGAUUUGUUUAUGUGCAUAUGUGCUGUUGGAACUGCAACAGAUAUUGCUUUCAUUUAAUUGUUUCAUUUACGCAUUUACAGAAUGAGAGCUUGAUGAAGGAGGGCUGAUGUAUGUAAAUGAUAGAAAGCUGCACACAAACAGAGUAAACACAAAUGAACAAUAUAUAUUUUUAUUUUUCAAACCGAAAGAGAAAAAUAAUGGGACAAACAAACCGAUAAUCAUCGCUUUUCUAUGCAAGUUAGCACAGUUUGGUCAGCCAAGGCUACAGUCAUAUUUACACAGCAUAUCUAUCAUCAUUAACAAUGAUUCUCAUGGUAAUUUUUCCUGCCCAGUAGUAAACUGUUCUUUAAGAGUCAGCUGUAAGUGUUUUGUGAUGGGAAUUAUAUCAGUUUUUGGGGACAGUAGAGGAGGUGGGUGCAUUUAGUGUUUGUGUUCCUGCUUCACCUGCGUGUAUACCUAUUAUUCAAACUGCUCAUUUUCCACCAUCACUCAUAAUAGCGUAAAGAUAUCAUCAAUCAGCAAAGGAAAAACAACAAGUGACUAUUAAUGAACAUGUAAAAUACUUCUACAGUUCAGGUGUUGAGAAAUAUCCACGUGAGUUUUGGCUAGCCUUGCUUUUAUUCUGCAUGAUGCUUUGUUUUGAGAAAUAUGCAUUCUAACCCAAGGUAUGUUUGUAUUCUUUUCCAAUGAGGGUGCUCCUCUUCUUCCCUUUCUCUGUAUGUUUGGAGCUCGCCACUUCUGACCUUAAUUCUCCUGUUUUGUUUCCUUAGUUUUUCUUUGUUUUAUUUUAUUAUUGUUUGUGGGUAAACCUUCCAACUUCUGGAUUUUCUACAUUCAUAACAUUUUGUAGACAGCAAUAUGAGAUGUGAUUGAAAAUGGAAUAUGUGCAAUGUUGAUUAAAGAAAAAUAUAAUAUAUUCAAUAAAAAUUCAGAAAACAAA